GCUGGUCCCCGCCCGCCCAGCCGUCAGCUGAUGGGCCGCCAGCCGCGAAGACCGCCGCCGCCGCCGCCGCCGCUGCUGCUGCUGCCGCCGCUGCCGCCCCGCGAACAUGGCGGCCGAGAUCCACUCCAGGCCGCAGAGCAGCCGCCCGGUGUUGCUGAGCAAGAUCGAGGGGCACCAGGACGCCGUCACGGCCGCGCUGCUCAUCCCCAAGGAGGAUGGCGUGAUCACCGCCAGCGAGGACAGAACUAUCCGAGUAUGGCUGAAAAGAGACAGUGGUCAGUACUGGCCCAGCAUUUACCACACGAUGGCCUCUCCUUGCUCCACCAUGGCCUACCAUCAUGACAGCAGGCGCGCAUUUGUGGGCCAGGAUAACGGAGCCGUGAUGGAAUUUCACAUUUCUGAAGAUUUUAAUAAAAUGAACUUUAUCAAGACCUACCCAGCUCAUCAGAACCGGGUGACGGCAAUCAUCUUCAGCCUGGCCACAGAGUGGGUGCUCAGCACAGGCCACGACAAGUGCGUCAGCUGGAUGUGCACCCGCAGCGGGAACAUGCUCGGGAGGCACUUCUUCACUUCCUGGGCUUCGUGUCUGCAAUAUGACUUUGAUACUCAGUAUGCUUUUGUCGGCGACUAUUCUGGACAAAUCACCCUGCUGAAGCUGGAACAGAGCACCUGUUCAGUUAUUACCACCCUUAAGGGACAUGAAGGUAGUAUCGCCUGCCUCUGGUGGGACCCUAUUCAACGGUUACUCUUCUCAGGAGCCUCCGACAACAGCAUCAUCAUGUGGGACAUCGGAGGAAGGAAAGGCCGCACGCUCUUGCUCCAGGGCCAUCAUGACCGAGUGCAGUCGCUGUGUUACCUUCAGUUCACGAGGCAGCUGGUCUCCUGUUCCUCGGACGGUGGAAUUGCAGUGUGGAACAUGGACGUUAGCAGAGAGGAGGCUCCUCAGUGGUUGGAAAGUGAUUCUUGUCAGAAAUGUGAGCAGCCCUUUUUCUGGAAUAUAAAGCAGAUGUGGGACACGAAGACACUGGGGUUGAGACAGCAUCACUGCAGGAAGUGCGGGCAGGCAGUCUGUGGGAAGUGCAGCAGCAAGCGCUCCAGCUACCCUGUCAUGGGCUUUGAGUUCCAGGUCCGCGUCUGUGAUUCCUGCUACGACUCCAUCAAGGAUGAGGACCGGACUUCUCUAGCAACUUUUCAUGAAGGAAAACAUAACAUCUCCCACAUGUCCAUGGACGUCACGAGGGGCCUGAUGGUGACCUGCGGGACCGAUCGCGUGGUAAAGAUUUGGGACAUGACGCCCGUGGUGGGCUGCAGCCUGGCAACCGGGUUUUCUCCACACUGAUCCAGGAGCUGGGCGGGGUCUGCGCCUUCCCAGCAGCAGCCUUCACCAAACGCGAUGCUUCCCUGUAGCUCCACAGUCACUGUCACGUGGAUGGACAGCAGCCCCUAAAAAACAAAUCAACAUUUUUAAAAAGAAAAAAAUGUAAAGGUGUGUUUUUGGGCGUUUGUGGAACCACCCGUGGGAACUGAUGUAGUGGGUCCCCGAGGAGUGGAGUGAACUCCAGCGAGACGUCCUCGGGAGCAGUGAGCUGACGUGUGCUGAGGCAGUAAUUUAGCACAUGAGCGUUUCGGAGGAAACAUACUGAACGAAAGAGUUAAAGCCUAGAACUUUCUUCAAGCAGUUCCAAGUACAAACACACCUCCCCCUAGACUUGGCUGGACCCACGGGGGCUCCCGCACUUCUCUGCGGGCAGAGCAGGGGUCAGGGGAGGAGGACUUGUUCUCUCCCUCUGGGGGUGCAGUGGGACUUAGGAGCCCAGAGAUCCUCCUGGUCCACUGGCAGUGUGUGAAUGUUCCCUCUCCUUAGUCACUGACGGACCUCUCCACGGUACCUGUCCUCUCCAGGUAGUGCCAGGUUGUGUUUUGCCCCAGCCAGCAAGCCGUGGGCGCGCGCUCACGGUUACCACUAAGGGAGUUGUAGUUUCUGUGCUCACCGGGGCAGUCCACACGCUUCCCUUUCCCCCAUGUGGUCUGAGGACAAGGCGUUUCUAUGGUGCUGUUCACACGGGACUCACACAGGCCGCCUGACUCUUUCUCGUUGCCAUCAGUGGUGACUCAUGGAAAACCCAGCUACCAGCGUGAUUGUGAUGGGAAACAUCACUCCCUUCCAUGGAACAGCCCAGUCCUCCUAAGAGACACAAUCUGUUUGCAGUCCCAAACGAGCCCCUGCGAUACCGUGGCAAUUUAAAGACACCUCAGAAAAGAACUCCAAAGCUUUUAAACUAGGUUGACUUGUAGUUAUAACUUAUUUCAUAGAAGGAAGUUGGUAACCCAGAGCAGUAACUGUUAACCAGUCCUGCACAGUAAUUCCUAACUUGUAAAUUACUUUCAUAACAAUGAGCAAACUGUUGUAUCAAACGGCAUUUUAAAAGUUUUUGGCUACUUAAUACCAGGAUGGGGAAGAGGUAAGGGAUGGGGAGCCUGUCUUUUAAUAUUCACGUAUCUUUGUUUUUGACAGCAGUACAUUAUCUGUUACUUUAGGGCUAUGGAAGUGAGUGGAGAGAGGCCUCCUUUUUUUUAAGGACAGAUUUUAAAAUAGAUAGCAACAGUAUUUUUGUCUUUUAGUCUUACUAAUGGAUAUUGAAAAAAACUACUGCAUCGCUUUGGGGGAUCAUAGCAAAACAACAUUCUGUGUGAUAUAACUAAGGGACUAAAUAUUUUUAAAUAACAGCUGUUAAUUAAAAUGUUUUUUAAUAAUACUUUUAAGACAGGCAGUUAAACUAAGAUGUCUUAAUGGCCAAGUGGCACAAAUAAGGAAAGGAGGUCAGGCACAUCAUGUUCUAGAAUGAUCUGCAGUAGAAGUUGACUUGCCUUCAGAAAUAAGACUGAAGGGUCUCGUUGCUCCUUGUAAUUUUUGUGUUAUAUCACCUAAAAAAGAUGUUUUCUUUGAAAACUUUUCCUAGACCCUUUGCAGAAUGUGUGUUACUAACAUAAAUCCAGAAGAAAAAUUGAAUGAUGGUAACUUGAACGGCAGUGUUGGAUGUUAGCUUUAGGUUAGUUUAUAGUUCAGCUUAUACAAAGGUGCUAUCCUGGGGAUUCUGUGAAGUCCUGAAAGGAAAAUGAAACAUGAUCUAUUCCUUGCCAUGUUGAAGAGUGCUGAACGGUGGAUUUGCUUUCCUUUAACCUCUGUAAAAUGUGAUUUUAUGAUGUCUGUGGUAGACUGAGCACAGUUUUGCCGCUGCCGAGAAUAUGCCAUAGCUUUCAGACUUUUUUUAUUUUAAAAAAUUCUUAACGAAAAGCCCAAUGUUUCAUAGGGAAUAUAAGGCUGAUACAGCACCUCCUAACGGGUUAAGCUAAUCGCAAGUCAAGGAAGAAGGGUCUAUGUGAGGAAGAACUGGAGUGGAGUAUUCAGAAAAGGAAGGGAGAAUAUUUCAAUCUAUUUUCUCUCCACCAGAGCUUAUUACAAUUUUUUUUUUUAAACACACAUGGCAGGCUCGCCUUGUCUCUGUCACACACGAGGUAGCAAAUGGGGUAAUAUUUUUUAUAGAGGUGGGUAAAAAUUAUUUUCACAGUUGUAGUGACUGCUCACAUGAGUACAGCUAGACUUCUCGUUACUGCCUUAUUUUGACUGUGUUACUCUUAAACGGGUCACUUAAAAUAGUUCUUCAAGUAACGGUUUACUAGCUUUUCCAUUCCUGAGUACUCACGCUGUGUCGCGGUUAGGGAUCACGGAGUACAGAAUGUCAGAGAGCCUUCCGUUCAGAUCUAGCAUGUUUGUGAUCGGGACUUGCCAGUCCCUCAUUCUAGACAUGUUUUAAAAUUGCUCUUUAUUAGUGGAAGUGACAGGAAUAUGCCCUUAUAGCAUUAGGUGGAAACAGAUUAUUCAUUACGUUGUAAAUCUCUGUUUACUGUGUCCUAGCUCUGUCCUGCUACCGAGAGAAUAUAAACAAAACAUAUUGCUCUAGAAGGUGGUGUCACUUUGUUCUCCCCCUAAAUCAUUCAGUUUGUUAAUACGUACAUUUUUAAACUGUUGAAACUGGCUGAAGUAUGGAAUAAAUGCCAUAGUGGCUCAGACCCAAGAAGAUAUUUUCUAAAAUCAGUUUUCAUUAAAUUAUUUCCUACUUCCGUUACUGGAUCUGGUAUCUCCUAAAAUGUUAGAAACCAGUUACUAUUAAUGAUAAACCAUCUGCUCAUUAUAAGUAUGAAGUUUAACAAAUAAGUAAUAAAAGCUAUAUUUAUUCAAGUGUCUAUUGCUUAGUUGUUAAUUGUGAGCAGAUUAUUGGAUGCCUACUCUAUUUUCUGCAGUUUACUACAUAAUAAGUCUUUGAGUAAGUUGAAGUUGAAUUGUGUAACAAAUUUAUAUUAGAAUACAAUUUAAAGUGUUCUUCUCUAAGGACUUUUUUGACUGGGGAAGCAAAGGGCAAUGUUGAUCAGUACAUUUUGUCUUGUACUAGCAAUGUUUCUGUAAGAUAGGGUGCCCUGUGUGUCUCAGAGAGCUAGAAAACUUUGUUCUUUGCUCCUCUUUGUGGGUUCUGUUUUUGUGGGGUUUUGUUUUUGUUUUUUGUGGGUUUUUUUUUUUUUUGAGAACAUGCAUACAAUAAAAUGUUCCUUGCUUGUUAAACGCUGUUGCUUAAUUUAGCUUUUGUUAUUUUUGAUCUGGACAUAGGGCAGCAGUAGUAGGUACCACGGUUUCGUGCUGUCUGUGCUGGGUCCUCUGCCAACGUUGUAUUAUUCAGUCCUGGCAACACUUCUGCAAGGCAUUGAAUGAGAAAACCAGGUAGAUCCUGUCUGUCUGUCAAGUGAGCACAUGCCUUCUUCAUACCGCCUGCCUUAAUGUGCUUGUGUGUAAUGAGUGCUUUAUAUAAAGGAAGUAGGUGUGAUCUGUCUUGAAGUUUGUGAAGCCCUGGAGUCAGAUCGCUCAGGAUAACCAGGCUGCCUGAAUGCGCUGAGCUACGUGGAGACACCAUGAUCUCUGCCCUAGGUCCUCCCCUCCUCCUGCCCCCCAACAGCUCAGUCUUAUGAAAAAACACAGGAUGGUUGAGACCCAAGAGAACUGAGUCCUCUGCUUGACUGAUAAGGGGUUGGCUUAGAGAUCAGAAUGGCAGUUUAUUGAGGUUUGUUUUUGUUUUUUUUAAAGAACUAAAGCUUUAUUUUCUCUUAUCAUCAAAAUGCUAUGUUAAUUCCCUGGUGGUCCAGAGGUUAAAACUUGGUGCUCUCACUGCCAGGGGCCCAGGUUCGAUUCCUAGUUGGGGAACUAAGAUCCCAUAAGGCACGCAGCAUGGCCAAAAACAUAUAUACAAUAAUAAUAUGUUUAUUAUAAUAAAAAGAAAAGGAAAAUAAAAAGAGAAUACCAAAAGGUAUUCAAAAGAUUUUUUUAAAAAUCUUUAAAAAGUAUUUAAAGACUUGUUUUCUUUGGGUGGGUCCAACCACCCAGAGAAACCACUGUUAAACUUACCUUGUUUCUCUUUCCAGUGACUUUCCGAUGCACGUGUACGUAUAGAACACACACUUAAGAUAUAUUGUUAGUGGAUGCCUGCUUUUGCCCCACCUGAUGUAGUAUAUAGAUAGUUUGCUGGAGUCAAAAAAUCGUGCACCCUGUUCGCAUUAUCAGUUGCUGCAGAGCUGCGGCACUGUCCCGACAUGCACUGGGACUGCCGGUCUCCAGCUCAGCGAGGUUAGGUCAGGCCACGUGACUUGCUUUAGCCAAUGAAGUACGGACAGAAGCAUUUACUAGCAGGCGAGAGGCUCAACAACCGGUUUCUUCCCGAGCGGUUGUGGGAGUACAUGUAUGAAAGGAGAAAUGAUGCCGAGCUAUCCCAUGGAACGCAACUUGCCCUGGACCUGCAGUGGAUGUUACAUGGGGAGAAAAUAAAUAUUUGCCGUGUUAGUCCACUGAGGUGGGGGGGUGUGUGUGUUUUAGUUGCAGCAUAAUCUAGGCUGUUCAGCGGUAUUCCACUGUUCCAUUACAUGGCUAAAUCAGCAUUUAUUUCACCAAUCCCAUGUUGAGAUUAGAUUAUACAUUUUUAGAAUAUUUAAAAUUUUAAUUAAAACACUGAAUAUUUGAAAAUACUAAGCUCGGCUUGCUUGUAUGUUCGUCUUUGCCCAUUUUUCCAAUUAUUUUUUUAGGAUUCAUUCUUAGAAGUAGGACUUGCUAGGUCAAAGAAGGUGCAUAUUGUAAGUUUUUAUUCUUAUUGCUAGUAUCCUCAUACCAUUGCCAGCACUUGAAUUUGUUCCUUCGAAUAGGCAAUAAACAGGCAUAGCUUAGUGUCAAUCUAUGGGAUGCCAGUGUACUAAUUUACGGGUUUCUGUGACACAGUCUAGGUAGAACCCAGGUCACCACUGGAAGGCUGUUCAGUGGACAAGGGCCCAGGGGAAGAACGGUUGCCCUGAUGACCUCAGUGCUGUUACAACAGCCUGAUGUGCUUGUUGCCAAGGGUGCUGGAGAGUUGACUGGUCACUUUUCACUUGCAAAGUGGAAACAGACCAGCAAGCUGUUUCCUGCCUUCCCUUUUUAAGUUUCACCUGGCUUAGUUGUAAAAACGUUCUCAGGAGGGUAAUGCUGGUACUUGAAGUUAUAGCUUCCUUUCCCAUCCAUCACUCCUUAGUCCCUAAGUUUCCUUGACUAUACUUAGAUCUCUUUCUAAGCCUUUUCACUGCACACACAAAUCAUCCUUUAGGAAGUUUAUUACAUAUUGAUACAUACGGUUUCCCAGGAAAGCUGAGUAACAUGCUGUGAGGCACCUUCUUGAUUUUCGGCUUGUUUGUGAUAUAGAAAUGGAGCCUGAGAGAGAGCUUUCCAUGUCAAACCCAAGUGGAAAACUGAAGAUUCAAGCUCUGGUCUGUCUGACCUCAAAGCCCAUGGUUUUUCUAGUACCCCAUCUGGCUCUUUCCUACUUGAAGAAAUUUUAGAUCCUGAAUUUGACAUUCUGGAGAAAGAUAAAGUAAGAGAAAUUUCGUUACACCCUUAGCAAGGGCCGUGUGGCAUGUCUUCCCACGCCCUAGAAUUGAAGGUCAAGAGGGGCAUUAGAUUUCCACUCGCCACCCCACCCCACCCCACCCCAGAAUCACGAAUCAGUGGAGUCAUUGAUUGGUGGCUUGUGUGGUGACAUGUGUAAUGCCAACUUUCUUACAAACCAGUCGUUUCCCAUAUCCUCUAAAGAGCAGUGAUUCUUAAUCUGUGUUUUAUGAUAUUUAUGAUACUCUAUUUUUACAUCAUUUUGAAACUGUUAAAAAUUCCUUCUCAAAAGUAAAUUUUAUUUUUAUCUGAAAUAGAUCGACAUUAAUGCACAGCAAAGAAUGUAGCAAUGUCCCAAAAUCAAGCUAAUGAAUUUGAAAGAACUUCAGAAUCACUCGUCUAAAGCAUGGCUGUUAAACCCGUGAUACUUGUCAGGGACUUUUACUUAAAUCUGCCCUCGUAAUUGGGAUUAUCAUUUAUUCCCUGCAACAUGUAAGAAUAGCCAAUAGCCCAUAGACUCUACCAGCAUCAAACCCAAAAUCAAACUAAUAGAGUCACAAAACAGUUAACAUGGUUUUACUAUUUCAGAAUUCAAAGUAUCAUUCCCUUAUUAAAUAAAUAUGAUAUUCUUUUGACAAGAUAAUGGUAACCAGAUAUUUCAGUAGCUGUAGCUUGCUCCAGUUAAUGUUAUGAUAUCAAAUUUGCAUGAUUGCACAAUUUGUUGAAUUUGAGAUACCUUAAGUCACAGAAAGAAAAAUUAUUUUUGAACAAUUGCAGGUUUAUUUAAACUCUUCUUCUGGACCCAGCACAUGCUUUAACUCACAACAGGAGACUUGAUACAUAUGUGGUACUGGCCUGCUAACGUGUGCUCUGGUUCU